AUGGCAGCAAAUAUACAAUAUGAUACUACAUGUUUAGAACAUCCCCAAAAAACUAUAGUUUUUAUAUGUUCAACAUGCAGUGAUAAUAUUCCGGAAUGUAGCAAAUGUAUUAUAAGUAGUCAUAAUGGUCAUGUUUUUAAAGAUUUAGAGGAUAUUAACAUCAACUUUAAAAAACAAAUAAACAAAGAUUUCAUAACUCAAACUUUACCACAGUUAAGCAAACUUUUGGAAAAUAAUAAUAGUCAGUUAGAAAAAUCAGAUAAUCAAUUAAAACAAAUUCAAGAAAAUCACACAAAGAAUUUAGAAACUUUAACAAAUGAAUUUAAUAAAAUUAAAGAUAUUGUUAAUAUUAAAGAAAAUGAUUUUAAAAAACUAUUAAUAACAAAACUUGAUGAAAAUAUAGAGGCUAAUAAUAUUUUCAUAUCAGCAAUAGAAGAUAGUAAUGAAAAAGUUAACAAUAUUUUAAAUACACAAAAUAACAAUAAAAAUAAAAAUCAGAAUAACAACCAAUUCAUAGAAAUAGUUAAGCGCAGUCAUAUUUGUAAAAAGUUAUUAUCCAAUUUUAACAACUAUCCACAAUAUAAUGAAGUAUCAUUGCUCACUAAUGAGUCCAAUUUCGAGUUAGUUAAAAAAAAUAUUGAUGGGUUUCUUUCUUUAGUUCAAAAUCAAAAUAAUGCUAAUGGGUCUAAUUCUUUAGAUCAACAUCAAAAAUAUAUGGUUUCAUAUAGUAAUACUUUAAAAAUUUAUAAAGAUAGAGGCCUUAGAUUUUUCGUAUAUAAAAAUGGUUGCAGUAUUGAAAAUUCGACCAAAUUAAUUGCCAUAUAUCCCGGUAGCCAUUUACCACCAGUAUUUCCUCCAAACGUAACCGAGAUUCUAUUACCCGAUGGUUUUAAUCAGUCUCUUGAUUCUUUACCCCCAUCAGUAAAAGUAUUAUAUUUAUUUAAUAUCAGUUAUCAACUAAAAAAUAAUUCAAUCCCCCAUACUGUUGAAUCUAUAUAUUUUGGUGAUGGCUUUUCUCAAGGUUUGGGUUGGAUUGAUAAAUCAUUUUACAAUUUUCGUCCUCCAUACAAAAAGAUCUUUUUAGGCAAUAUAGCAUACCCAUAUUAUGAUGAAAACUACCAGUAUUCUCUCAUAAUACAUUAUGACUUAAACUAUAGUUUUGAAAAAUACACUGGUUGGACUUUGUGCAACAUAAUAGGAAAAUAUUCAUUCAACUAA